CAAAUACAUAUACAAUUACAUAUAUAUAUAUAGAGAGAGAAAGUAGUUGUACAGAGAGAGAGAGAGAGAGAGAGAGAUACGUGUGAAUGGAGUUGAGUAUGAAAUAUGGAAGAAUGAAAGAGGGGGGGUUUAUUAAGUAAAAGCAAAAAAAUCCGGUUCUCGUCUAUUCUGUUUUCUGUCAGGACUUUUGCCGUCUUUAACUAAAUCCGUUUUCGCUUUAUGCUUCAUUUCUUUUUUUUGUUUUUUUCUCUGAGUUAAUGUGCUUUUGAUUUCUGAUUGUUUACUUUAGCCUGUAGGGAUUUAAAACAUUUGAGUGAUUGAAGUGGAAGAGUACAAUUUGAAGAGAAAAGAGGUGGGAUAAUUUAAUCUUUUUUUCGAAAAAGGAUAUUUAUCUGGUCCAAGGUCAUGGGUUUCUUGUGCUGAUAUGGGGGUCAAAUUGAAGAAAGUGUGAUAUUUGAUCGAAGAUAUAAGAAAAAAAAAAAAAAAAAACUUUUUGACUAGUGUCAGAAUUUUGAUUUUGUGAAGAUAAGAUUUUGAUUGUGAGGAAGGGCCAAAUAUAAACUAGCAUACACAUGUAUAUGCUGCAGCUGCUGUUUCUGCGGAUGGGCUUAUGUGUCUGCUUCAAAUAAGGAGGUAAGAAUUUGAAGUUUUUCAAGUUUAAUUGGAUUCCUUAUUCUGUUACCGGCUAUGCGAUUCUGUCUGAGAAAUCUGGCUCUUGGGUUUGUGGCAGCAAAUGAUAUAAAAUUGUGGAUUGAAAUGAUUACCUUUAUGGAAUCGAAAGAGAAAAUGAAAGAAACAGAGAGAUGUUUGGAUUCUCAAUUAUGGCAUGCCUGCGCCGGCAGCAUGGUGCAAAUGCCAUCCGUGAAUUCCAAGGUGUUUUACUUCCCACAGGGCCACUCUGAGCACAGCUCUGGGAAUGUUGAUUUUAGGAGCUGCCCGAGAACUCCUGCUUACAUAGCAUGUAGAGUUUCCUCCAUUAGUUUCAUGGCGGAUCCUGAUACGGAUGAGGUGUUUGCCAAGAUGAGACUGGCUCCGGCUGGUGGGAAAGAUGUCGACGACGACGGCGCUGUUGGGAUCAGUGGCUCUGAGAAUCAAGAAAAGCCCACAUCCUUUGCAAAGACUCUAACUCAGUCUGAUGCCAACAAUGGUGGGGGUUUUUCAGUGCCUAGGUACUGCGCCGAGACCAUUUUCCCCCGGCUCGACUACUCGGCUGACCCUCCGGUGCAGACCAUUCUUGCCAAGGAUGUUCAUGGCGACACCUGGAAGUUUAGGCACAUCUACAGAGGGACGCCAAGGCGGCAUCUCCUCACAACCGGCUGGAGUACUUUUGUGAACCAUAAGAAGCUCGUGGCGGGGGAUUCCAUCGUGUUCAUGAGGGCGGAGAAUGGUGACCUUUGCGUUGGGAUCAGACGGGCGAAGAGGGGGAUUGCUGGCGGACCUGAGAUAUCGACAGGGUGGAAUCCAACAGCUGGGAACUCUAUUGUGCCUUAUGGAGGAUAUUCGUCGUUUCUGAGGGAUGAUGAGAGCAAGCUGGGGAGGAGUAGCAAUGGGAAUUGGAUAGGAAGGGGGAGAGUGAAGGCGGAAGAUGUGGUUCAAGCUGCAAGCCUUGCUGCCAGUGGGCACCCGUUUGAGGUGGUGUAUUAUCCCAGAGCAAGCACUCCCGAAUUCUGUGUGAAGGCCUCUCUGGUGAAGGUGGCAAUGCAAAUACGCUGGUGCUCGGGUAUGAGGUUUAAGAUGGCAUUUGAGACGGAGGAUUCCUCGCGCAUAAGCUGGUUCAUGGGAACCAUAUCAGCGGUUCAGGUCGCUGAUCCUAUUCGAUGGCCUGAUUCACCUUGGAGGCUACUCCAGGUGGCCUGGGACGAGCCUGACCUGCUUCAAAAUGUGAAACGAGUGAGUCCUUGGCUCGUUGAACUAGUAUCAAACAUGCCCGCCAUUCACCUCUCCCCUUUCUCACCUCCAAGAAAGAAAAUGAGAUUACCACAGCAUUCGGAUCAGCCUUUCGAUGGACAGAUUCCUCGGCCACCAUUCAGCCACCAACUUGUCGGGUCUAGCAACCCCUUCGGGUGUCUUCCUAAUACCACUCCUGCUGGCAUGCAGGGAGCCAGGCAUGCUCAAUAUGGUUUAUCGUUAUCAAGUCUCCAAGUUAAUAAACAAUUGCACCCGGGUUUGUUUCCUGUUGGUUUUCUGCCUCUUGAUAGAGUUCCUACCGGACCGUCCAGUCCCCUCAUUCCGAAGGCGGGUAACAAUGAAAACAUCUCUUGUCUACUUACAAUGGGAAAUUCAACUCAAGGAUCAAAUAAACCUAAUAACGGCAAGGCAGCUCCGUUUGUGCUUUUUGGUACACCAAUACUUCCAGUGAAGCAUAUUUCUCUGAGUUGCUCCAGCGAUACAGUUUCCCCCGCUCGAACUGGCAAUAGUUCCUCUGAUGGGAAUGGGGAGAAACAGGGAAAUACUUCUGAUGGAUCUGGUUCCGGCCUUAAUCAAAACGAAGCACCAGAGCCCUCAUCGUGUGAAGGAAUUCAGUCGGAGCUUUUGGAGACCGGUCACUGCAAGGUUUUCAUGGAAUCUGAAGACGUAGGCCGUACACUAGAUCUUUCUUUGCUCUGUUCUUAUGAACAACUUUACAGAAAACUCGCGGAUAUGUUUGGCAUUGAAAUCUCAGAAAUGCUGAAUCGUGUUCUCUACAGAGAUGCCGUGGGCAGAGUCAAGAAAGUUGGCGACCAACCGUUUAGUAACUUUAUGAAAACUACAAGGAGGUUAACGAUCUUAGCUGAUUCGAGCAGUGACAAUGUAGAAGUAUAGACAUGUUCCUACAUAAUUUGUGCUUCGCUUUUCUGACUAUACUGCAGAAUGAUGGGAAAGCCUCACUCCUAAUUUCUUUUCUGCUUCUGGAUGUGUAAUAAGGGAAAUUUCUCCCAUCGAUCACGAGCUGCCGCCUCCAUCGUCGGAGUACUCCGCGACUUGCAAGCUCAGCUAAAAGGUUGGUUCAGCGUAGGCAACGAAAACUGAUCUUGUUUCUUUGCCUUUUUGCAUGAGGUGAGGCUUUAUGUAGGAAAAUUCAUGUUAGUUUUUUUUCACAAUUUUUGUUAAGGCAUUCCUUUAAUGGGAAUGAACAUGUUGGACUUUAUCUCAUAGCAUAAUGUUUGCUGAUUUAAGAGAUUUUGAGAGAGAGGCAGUUUCUUGUUGGUUUUCUCAGGUGAAGUUAGCUGGCCUGAAUUUUCUUUGUACAGCAUAAGUUUGAUAUAAAAUGUAACUAAAUUUUAUUUGCAA